AUGGCAGCGACCUCCUUUCGCAGCGUCGUGCUCGGCCAGCCCGAGAUCGCGUCGAUGGUGUUUGAGUUUCAGUUUGGUGUCUACGAAGACGUCCGUGCGGCCUUUCGGGCCUACAACGAGCUUCUCGAGCUUGACGCUAGACUUCGUAUUUACGCGUGCGACGCGUCCUUUCGCCAAGCGUUCGCACCGAACGCCGUGUGGUCGGACGACCUUUGGUACAUUCACCCUCGAUUGGAUGCGCUGUUCAAAAACGAGCUCGACGCGCGUCUACCGCUGCAUGUGGCCAUCUAUGAAGGUUUCGUGCAGCUGACGAAGCGCAUUCUUGGCUGUCGACCUGACCUCGCCUCGGACGACGCGAUCAUCUUGGCCUUUGUUAAGGACCGCAUCGAGAUAGCUGAGCUCUUGCUGGACGCGCGUGUGAACGACGUACCGCAGCUCUAUCGACGCGGCAUCAUCCAUAGCGGCGCGUACGCGAAUGCGAGGGGUCCGAUCUACGACGAUUACGUUGGCCAACUGCUGGCGCGAGACGGCUCAAAUCGUCUCUUCUUGCUCCAGCGCUUUGGCCUGCGCCCCGACGACGUUUCAAAACACGACCGCCGGCGCAUGCUCCAAAAAGUGACGCUUCAGAAUGCGACGCUCGCCCUCGAGCUCUUCCCAUGGUUGGCGUAUCCCAGCAUCAUGAACGCCAUCGCGGGCCGGCGCUCUCUGCCGCUCGUACGCUCGCUGCACGAACGCGGCCUCGGGUGCUCAACGAACGCCAUCGACAAGGCGGCGGCCAACGGUCAUUUGGAGGUCGUUCGCUUUCUGCAUGUCGUUCGGUUCCUCCAUUUCAACCGGACUGAAGGCUGCACGACCAAGUCGCUGGAUGAAGCCAUUCGCAACGGCCAUCUCACAAUUGUCCGCUUCCUCAUCGAGCGCCGAAGCGAGGGCGCGUCACCCGAUAUUCUCAACCACGCUGCCUCCGCCGGUCAUGUAGACGUCGUCCAGUACCUCCACGACCACGGUUUGAUUGGCUGUACCGUCGACGCUGUCGACGGCGCAGCAAGAUUCGGCCAUUUGGAGGUCGUCCAGUUUCUCUUGACCAAUCGAAAUGAAGGCUGCAGUCGCGACGAGGUCGUUGAAAAGGCUCUCGAGGGUGGUCAUCUGCACACGGCAGAGUACCUCCUCUCGCUCGGGUAUCCGUUCCCGACCUCGAUGGAUCGCUGGGAUGAAGAGGCCUUUCACAAGCCCGAGAUGGUUGGCGUCUUGCGGCUCUUCACUGCACACGAUCGACCCAUUGAGAAGGAAUGGCUGUACCACGCCUGCACCGCCAACAACGUGCCGCUCGUGCAGCUUCUCUACCCGCAGUCGGACGCUGCGUGGCGCCCCGAAGCGGUCACAAGAGCCAUUUGGAAAGCGGCGUGGCACGUCGUGCGCUUUCUUAUGGCCAGCGACACGGUGGACGUGUCGGCACGCACGUUGAUGGAAGUGCUACUCUUUCGAAAAUAUGAGCUUGCGGCGCAACUGCUGCAACGUCAGCCAAAGCUCCGCAAGUGCGGUCUCGUUGAGCGGGAUUACAUAUACCUCGACUGGGAGACAACCCGAUUUCUCUUUGUGACCGGCAGCAAGUUCUUGCUGCCAUGCUGCAUGGACGCGGCAAACCACCUUGACAACGUCAUCAUUCUCUUGGAUCUUGUCGCCCUUCGAGACCGCCGCCGCAAGACGACCCUCCAGAAGGAAGGCCAGCCAAACCUCCAGCUUGCACCCAGCGUGGCGGCCCGUGCAUCAACGCUGCUGGAAGCUGGUGAUGUUGUCGACUGGGCGCUGGCGCUCGUUAUUUGUCAUCUGCAUGCAACCAACGAAACGACGACCACCGAGCCACUCCAGAAGAAGACAACUCUGGCCCGCGAUGUCGAGCUCAAGUCGCAGCUCGCGCUCCUCGUCUCCAGCAAUGUACGUGCCAACCAAGGUGAAGAAUAG